AUGAUCUCAACAUUCACAUAUGCUGUCUUCUUUAUGGCAGUACCGCAUCGCGGCUCGAAUUAUGCCGGUUUUGGAAAGAUUGCUAGCCAUAUCGUUGGUUUAGUUACCUUCCAGCAAAAGAAUUCAUUUCUACAGAGUGUGAGUAUCGACUCAGACUACAACAAAGAGCUCAAUAGCAAGUUUGAGCCAUUACUUAAACUAUAUAAAUUCUAUACCUGGAUGGAAGGGCGUGAGGUCCCCGAUGUUGGACUGAUCGUUCCAGAAGACUCAGCACGUCUAAACCUGCCACCGCCACAGCAGAUAUGCCGAGUGACCGAACGCCAUCACAGAAACAUUUGUCAGUUUCCUAGUUCGAAUGAUCCAGAAUGGAAAGUAUUGUCUGGAGCCAUCAGUGAGGCAGCCCGUGAUGCCAUGGGCUCGAUUAGCUAUACUCCCACACUAGAUCGUUCAUAUGACAUGAUUGGGGAGCUAAGGCAUGAAGGAUCUUUUGGGUGCUAUCUCGGAAGCCAGGUUGUUAUUGACGACAUGCAUACGUUUUGUCACAGCACCGAGCUUCAGAGCAGAGACCGUGAGGCAGGAGUUGCCUCCGAUGUGGCCCUUGCGCUUGCAAAGCUUUUACUCGCUGUCAUGUCCCCAAUACUGAGUCUUUCGUCCUCAUCAAACGUACUCACGGCGAUCGCGGCUCUUCUAUUAAAUUCUAUCCUCGCGGUACUACCUAGCAAAAGCUACCUGCUUGAGAAAGUCGAAGAAGGCCAAGAAGCGGAAGAAGCAAUUAUGAAAGCAGAGAAAUGGGCGAUCGAUAAUCUGAAUGGCUCUCAGCGUGCUGCCCUUCGUUCUGGCCAUUCGCUCAAGCAAAAGAUCGCCACUCUUGAACUUCAGGAAAUAGAUGAUGCGCAGGUCCUCCUGUUGGUUGAAGCUCGCCUCCUGCAAGGGGGGUUACAAACACUAGUCGAACGCAACACACAGUACAUUCAUGAAAGACGGUUUAAAUAUGAAAGAGCUAAGAGAAUAGUCACGCGGACUGAGGAGGUGAGACACAAAGUUGAAGAUAAGACUAAGAAGGAGACAUACAUGGUGCUGAACGAUGAGCUGAGGACAGAGCAGCAGAACCAGGAUAGCGAAGAUGAAAGUGGCUGUUGUUGA